CCUCCAGAACUAGUUAACUGCAGUAAUUAGCAAAUUCUUGCGAAUUAUGUUUUCACAAAAGUUCUUAUUAAUCCAGACGAUCUCUUGCUGGUUACCGGUAGUAUCGUUAGUAGCUGCAUUUGGUGAGACAAAGCCAGGUUGUCAAGCCAGAUGCGGUAAUAUUAGCAUUCCUUACCCGCUCGGUAUAACCGUCGGAGGUGAUGAUGAUAGUCGAGGAGCAGGAGGGUGCUCCAUUCAUGGAGUUGGGUCUGGGUAUAAUGUUAACUGCAAUUCUUCUUAUGACCCUCCCAAGGCCUUCAUCGGCAGAGGCAAGCUUGAAAUUUUAAGUAUAUCAGAAACUGAAAUUCGACAAAAGAGCAUGGUAGCUACAUUAGGUUACAAUAUGUCUGGAGAUUUGGUGUUGGAUAAUCAGAUAGUCACAUCAACUUUGAAGCCGACCCCAUUUACAUUCUCCAACACAAAAAACAGGCUUUUCACAAUCGGGUGUAAUUCCGGUGGAGCGCUCCUAGGAUUGGAUGAGCUUGGGAAGAACUACUCAAGCCAGUGUGUAUCAGUUUGUAAUAGUAGGGAAGAUAUGAGAGAAGGGACUUGCAAUGGAAAUGGAUGUUGCCAGAACACUAUCCCAAAGGGGAUAAAUACUUUGAGUACAGGGUUGAUAUGGAUUCCCAACAACAUCACCUUCUUAGCUUUCAAUCCUUGCAGUUAUGCUUUCCUGGCUGAUCGCGAGCAGUAUACGUUUUCUGCAUCAGAUCUUCUACCCGAAAGUAAAGUGAAAGACAUACCCGUCGUUCUUGAUUGGGCGAUAGGGACCAAGACUUGUGAAGAAGCCAAAAAAGAUUCAGCCACUUAUGCUUGCCAGGAGAAUACCUACUGUAAGAAUUCGGACAACAAUCCAGGAUAUCGUUGCACUUGCCUCGACGGUUACACCGGGAACCCCUAUCUUAGUCCUGGCUGCAAAGACGUGAACGAGUGUGAGGAUCAAAACGACAAUCCAUGUGAUGGGAUUUGCAUUAAUACCAAUGGGAGCUAUAAUUGUACGUGUCCAACGGGCAGUUCUGGCGACGGGAGGAAAGAUGGAAAAGGUUGCACUAGUAAUACAAUCAGUGGUGAACAAUUCCCAAUUCUAAGUGUUACUCUUGGAGCUGGCUUAGGGCUGUUGUUUAUAAUUAAGAAAAGAAAGCUAAUCAAGCUGAAAGAAAAAUUCUUUCAGCAAAAUGGCGGAUAUUUGCUAAAACAACAAAUGUCUUCAAAUGAAGGCGUAGAGACAUCAAAAAUAUUUGCAACUGAAGAGCUAAACUUAGCAACCAACAAUUAUGAUGAGAGUCUAAUCCUCGGAAGAGGAGGCUUUGGAACGGUUUACAAGGGAACCUUACCAGACAGUCGUGUAGUCGCUAUAAAGAAGUCCAAAAUUGUUGAUCAGAGUCAAAUUGAGCAAUUUGUAAAUGAGGUUCAUAUUUUAACUCAGAUUAACCACAGAAAUGUGGUGAAGCUUUUGGGGUGUUGUUUAGAAACUGAAGUUCCUUUGCUUGUUUAUGAAUAUGUUUCCAAUGGCACGCUCUUCGAACAUGUCCAUACCAUCAGCGGGGUGCCUUCUGUUUCUUGGGAAAGUCGUUUGAGGAUUGCGGUUGAAACUGCAGGUGCACUAGCGUAUUUACACUCUGCAGUAUCUAUACCUAUCAUUCAUAGAGAUGUCAAGACUGCCAACGUACUUCUAGAUGAAAAUUACACAGCAAAAGUUGCGGACUUUGGAGCAUCAAGGUUGAUUCCAUUGGAGAAAACAGAAUUAUCCACCGUAAUAAUGGGAACCAGAGGAUAUUUGGAUCCGGAAUACCGCCAGACAGGCCUACUGACAGAUAAGAGUGAUGUAUAUAGCUUUGGUGUGCUUCUUUUAGAACUCCUGACAACAAAAAAACCCAUUUUUCAUGAGAGGUCUGGAGAACCAAGAAAUCUUGCUUCGUAUUUCAUUUCGCUGAUGGAAGAAGACAAUCUAAUCCAAUUUCUAGAAGCUCGAGUUGUAAAUGAGGGGAUGCAGGAUCAAGUAAUCGGAGUUGCCGAGGUCGCAAAGAAAUGCCUGAAGAUGAAGGGUGAAGAAAGGCCGACAAUGAAACUAGUAACAGCAGAGCUAGAGAGUUUGAGAGGGGUAGAAACACGCGCGUGGUCUCGUCAACCAAACCAUGAAACAAGAACAACAUUAUCGACUGAGGUCUCUGGGGUACCUGGUUUUGCUGAAAUCAAACGACAGGUCCUUGAAUGUUUGUCCAUGCCUGAGCACAUGGCACGAGCUGCUGGGAUACACUUGGAUGACCUUAUCGAACACUGCAAGAUUCUCAGUGCUGAAGCAGAUAUGUCGAAGUUCACUUCAAAAGUCUCACUGUCACUUGAGACUCCCAGUGCCAUUACUCAAUCCUUAAGAAAUCAUCAAAACCUUCUUUCAGUGAGAAAAAUGAAAUGGGACUUUUAUGAAGCAGCAAUUGCAUUUUUUCGCCGGUGCUGGAUGCGAAUGAUUGCUCUUCUAACUCAAAAGAAGCCAUUGCUGAGUACUAUUGAGAGUGAUACCAAAACAAGAUAA